AUGCGAAGAUGGAAGGAUCGAUUUGAUAAAUCAAUGAAAAUUUCAUGGACUAGUUUCGUGAGGAUCGUAGGCGUGUUUCUAUCUUAUGAUAAGAAAGUAGCAACAGAUCUAAAUAUAGCUGGACCAUUGCAAAGUUUGAAAAAAUGUUUGAACUUCUGGAAAAUGCGUCAAUUAACACUACUUGGAAAAAUACAGAUCAUAAAAGCCCUUGGUAUAUCACGUUUCCAGUAUAUUUUAAAUAUAGUGGAUAUCCCAAAACAUAAUUUAAAACAAGUCAAUAAACUUCUGUACUCCUUUCUUUGGAAUGGACCAGACAAAAUAGCAAGACACACCAUCACGGGUGAGACAAAGGUUGGUGGUCUAGCAAUGCCAGAUAUUUUCGCAAUACAAAAAGCUCAACGUAUUAAUUGGCUGAGAAGAUUCUGUGACAACUCUUUCUCUCACCCCUGGAAAUUAUUUUUGUCUCGUAAAUUACACACGGUGGGAGGAGUAGAUGUUUUACUGAAAUGGCAUUAUGAUUUGAAAUUCCUUCCGGCCAAACUCUCCCCAUUUUUUCACAAUAUGCUUAAGACAUGGAUCUCGCUGCGAUAUGAACCACAUGAACAAGAAUUAUCAAUUAAUGACUGUAUUUGGAAUAAUGCUAAACUUUUGAUAGCACGAAAGAGUUUCUUUCAUAGAGAUAUGUUUGAUGCUGGUCUGAUGUAUCUUGGCCAAUUGUAUAACAAUGGAGACAAUGUACUAGAUGAAAAUGCAAAUGUCAAAUGGGGAGGUGAUCAUGAUGUGGUACUGGAUGCAGAAAAAGACAGACAAGGGGGAAAUCCCAGAAUAUGGAAAAAUUCAUUAAAAAGUAUACAAAACAUAAUGGAAACAUUUGGUUUGAUUGACAUAUGGCGGGUGAGGAACCCUAAUACUAAUUCCUAUACCUGGCAGAGGCUCAACCCAUCAGUAAUACAGAACCUUGAAAUAACGUUUUUUGUAGUAAAUGGAUUUUUCGAUAAAAUUCCUUUAGGAGUGGACGUUCCAAUUUCACCAACAAUUGAUUUCAAGAAUCUUGGGCCAGAUGCAAUCUUGAUAUCAAGUGUUCCACAUUAUAGUAUCAAGGCCUAUUUCUCAAACACUGGUGACCCCAACACUGCCACCUAUUGGCAGCAUGUGGGUCCAUUGCUGCUGAGUUCGUAUAUAUCAGAUUUAUUCAAAUCAGCGUUACCUGUCGGAUUUUCAGUGGGUGGAACCAAUUCAGAUGCCAUUAUAAGCAUCCCUCCAGUUGACUGUGAAUACGUUGAAUAUUUAUGUUUGGAGGUUGUCUUCAAUAAUAAUGCAAUGUACAAUGAUCCAAAUCUGGACAAUAAUAUAGCGUGUGCGCAGUUUGGACCACGAUCUGAACAGAAAAUUGGAGAAAUAGAAUGUUAUAUUGAUCUACAGCUAACCAGUCUAACAGUCUUGAGUCCAUUGUCGCUGUCUUACACGCCUGGGCUACCUUCCAUGUUAACCGUACAAACACACAUCAAAAACGGGGGAUUACAUUCUAUACAAGAAGCUUCAAUGGCGACACGUUAG